AUGAAACUCCUAUUUUUUACUCUUACACUAUGUCUUUUAUUGACAGCUGGUAGUAGUUGGGUCAAUGCCAAAACCUAUUGUGGUGGAGAUGGACUGUGUCAAGACAAUCAACUAUGUUUCUUUGAGGCAGGUCAACAACAUUGUGCCGAUGUUUCCAAACACAACUAUAUCGUCAUCGAUCAAAUCAAAGAACACUCUUGGAUCGAAAAUGGAGUUGACUUCUCAAUGUACAAGGUUCAUGUCAUCAACACUGGAUCGAUUCCAAUCAGAAAUGUUUACAUUGGAGCCGAUUGCACAUUGGAGUUUAGAGAUCUUGCUGGUUCACUCUGGAGUAUUGGUUAUGAGCCAUCAUCUGCCACUUUCUCUCUUCCAAAAUGGUUGGAAUACAUUGCUCCAGGUUCUAACCAUGAAUUUGGUUACAUCGUAACUGGUCAUACCAGCCCAAAUUUGGAGAUCCGUGGUAUUCAAAGAAAAGUUACUUCAUCUAUGGGUACUCAUAAAAGGUAUGCCUAUAGCAUCGUUUUACAAGUACCUUUGGCAACGAAACAAACCGCUCCUUUUCAAGACAAUCGUAGUUCAUUAUGUUCUCACUAUAGUCAUCGAGAUGUUGCCGUGGUACACUUCAAAGAGAAGGAUAGUCGUGUUGAAAUUACGCAUAGAAUGUCAACCAAUACUACUUAUUCUCAUAGUUCAAUGGUUAAAUAUGUAAUGUUGACUGUCUAUUAUGUCAUUCUUGAUAAUAUUCAUAAUCAUCUUAUUAAAUUAGUAUCUGCCGAGAAUCAAUUAUUUAUUAGAAGAAUGGUAAUGGAGAAAUUAUUGUACAGUGAAAUUGGAGCAUUUGACUUUAUGAGAAAGAAAAAUAAUAUUGGUCCUUUGGAAUUGGAAUUCAAGAUAUCAUCUUCUAUUAGUAGUACAAUCUCUUUUUUUACUUAUACUAUACCUGAUUUGAUAUCUUCUGCUUACGCUUUUGCUGUUGAAGGAUCAGAUUUAUUAAAGAGAAAGAACAAAAUUGAUCCAUUAAUUAUAUUACAUCCCAUUUUAAUUGCAAUCUACCAAAAGGUUAGUCAAAGAAUGAGAGAGUUGUUGGUAGAGGGAAAUGAAAUCAAGUAUAGAGAUACCUAUCAAAUUGCAAUGAGUAGAAUGAUUGGCAAUACAUUUGAUGGUCUAUCUGACAUUCAAAUCAACAAUCUUCAAGAGACUCAGUUAUCAAUCUUUGAUAAUUUGAUUGAAAAGGAAAUGGGUAAUACUACUUCUUGGUCAUCUUUGGUAUCGGGUAUGUGGAGAUCGAUCAAUAACAGAUCUGUAUUUGAAUUUGCUGUAGAAGUAUUUGUUGCUCAUAAAGUAAUGCUUAGACAAGGUAUUGAUAAUCAAGAAUAUAGAACAAUGUUAUUGGAAAUUAAUAGAAUAAUAAGAUUAGCAAGAAGAGUAUUUGGAUCUGUUAGUAGUAUUAAAAAUAUUCUAAAACAUCAAAAAAAGGUUAAAAAACUUUUAGAUAUACCUACUUUUAUCGAAGAAGAUGAUAAAUUAAAAUGUGUACAUAAAUUUAAUGAACUUAAAAUAAGUAAUGUAAAAUAUGCAUAUGAAAAUAAGUUUUCAAUUUUACCUUCAUUACCUGUACUCGAUCUACAGGGCGAAAUGACAAUCCUUCCAGGAAAAAAAUAUGCUUUGGUUGGACAAAAUCGUGCAGGAAAGUCAACAUUGAACCAUAUUUUGUGUAAAAUAUACUCACCUCAAGAGGGUACUAUUACUUUUAAUGGUAUUCCAUACGAAGAAAUAUCACGAAGAUCGAUUAGACGUCUCAUCUCUUAUGUAUCUCAAAGACCUUCUAUUUUCCCUGGUACUGUUAGAGAUAAUAUUCGUGUUGGUAACCCAGAUGCAACUGAAGAUCAAAUUAUUGAAGCAGCAGCAGCAGCAGGAGUAUUUGCAUUUGCAGAAGAUGCUGAUAACCAAUUAUUCUAUGAUGAUGGUGUUGAUAUAGAUGGACCAUAUCAACAAUCUCCAUCACCCAACAGUCCUUGUGCUACUUCUACACCUCCAUCUGCUUCAAACCCUAUCAGCUCUUCAACUGCCGACUUUAAAAAGCUGACCGCUUCGAGAGAACUCCUCAAGAGUUCAAAGGGUAUUAUGAAAUCAAACCUUUCGACAGGUGAUUUGGAAUGUCUAGAAUCAGCUCAACAACAACAACAGCAACAACAACCACCACAACAAUUAAAAGGAAAUGCAACUGGAAUUCCACCAAGAACCUAUAAUAAUAUUAUGAUGACACCAACAAAGAACCAAAGUACAGGAAGUGGAACGAGUGACGAAAACGAGGAAUCUAGUAAAUUGGUGCAACGUGUAUGGUCAGUUUUAAAUCUUGCAAGCAUGAAUGAUGACGACGAGUCUGACGAUGAAACCAAUAUGACACCACCUCCAAUCGUACCACCAGCAGAGGAUUAUAGAAACCAUCCAAUUCUCGAUCAGAUGGUCGAAUUGGGUGGAAAGAAUGUUAGUGGUGGCUUUGGACAGAGCAUUGCCUUGGCAAGAAUAUUUGUUAGAACAGAGGCAAAGAUUGUCAUUCUCGAUGAGACAAUGAGUCAGAUGGAUGCAUUCAAAAAGAGAGAGAUUAUCUUUCCCAAACUCUUUCAAUUUGCCGAAAAACACAACAUCACUCUUAUCAUUGUCACUCAUGACCUAAUGAGCAUACAAAAUGCAGUCGACCACAUAUUUGUACUUGACCAUGGUCACUUGGUUGGUAGCGGAUCGCACCAACAAUUGGUUAGUUCAAGAGUUCCAGUUUACAUGAAGUUAUUGGGUUUCCAACAUCAAUAA